UUAGAAAGGGAGGGGUGUCGCUCUGACGCCGCUCAUUCGAAAUACCUGUGCUUCCAUUCGGGCCGAGGUUAUUUAGGCAGGUCGCUUGAACAAAGUUAGUUGGUCCUAAAUUGUCAUUUUUCACACCGAAGAUUUGAACUUUCUUGCUGCUAACGAUGCUAACCCACUAGCCUCCGGUGGUGUCUCUCCGCCGGCUCAUCAUCACCGCAGCUAGACCUUUUUCACUGCAAAACGGCGUCAUGUGAUGACACUUGGCCAUCGAGCGUGUUUACGGAGGUCACCCCACUUGCGCCGUUAAGCCGACAUACUUAGCAGAAGUGUCGCAGUUAAGGUUUUUUUCCUCCUCCUCCGCCGAGACAGCGGGGUUACUAGAGUUCAUGGCGUACAAUCGAUGCAGCGCUCAUCGGUCCGUCAGCAGCGGACUGUCAUUGUUGAACUUGCUUCAGCUUCGCUCUGAGCACAUUUAGAUGAUGCGCUGUCAUCGCCGAUCGCCGCUAAUGGAUUUUACGUGAUAAAAAUACCGUAGACGACUUUGUUAUGUAAGCUCGGAUUCUGGCAGGAGAUGCACUGUCCGGUGUUGAAUCUACUAUUAUGUAAGGUAUCGGCUUGGAGUCCAGCAGGAAGCUGCUCCUCAUCACUCUGCAAUAUUGGAGAGAAUCUGUCACUGUGGACCGAUUCCAUAUUCCGACGCUUGGCGUUAAUAAAUGUGGUAUGAUGGAAGUUAUGUAACGUGGUGUGACAAGCCUGCCCGUUCAGAAGUGCGACUAUGUUCCAGCACACUUUGAAAAGAAUUGCUUUUACUUGUAAUUUUCCUGGUGUUCUAUGAAGUGUACCUGCUCCCUCACACAACCGCCUGUCUCGAUUGGACAAAGAACAAAGUUCGAUUUUUUUUUAGACUUUUAUUCUUUAUUGUUUCUAAAGAAAAAUAUAUUUUUCCCCAAAGACCUUGGAAGGAGGAGCACUGAAAGACCAAGUGAUCUGAGUGAUGAGUCUGGUCCGAUUUCACUUUACUCUUGAAAAGAAACUUGCUAUUGGAACCCAUUCCCUGCUAGAAAUAAUGAAAAAUGAAUGAUCCCUUCCUUUGACUACUGAUGGACUGCAACACUUUCUUUGCACUGUUUACAUCGUAGUGGUCAGUUCUACCGACGGAUCAGAAGGUAAACUGAGGCCAUGGCGCUGAAGGACCGAGUGGAGGCAGUGCUCAACGUGUGCCUGCGCGUUCCCAGCAUCAUGCUGCUGGAUGUCCUGUACCGCUGGGAUGUCAGCUCCUUCUUCCAGAAGAUCCAGCGCUCCAGCCUCUCCAACAACCCGCUGUUCCAGUACAAAUACCUGGCGCUGUACCUGCACUAUGUCGGCUACAUCCUGAGCCUGGUGCUCCUCACUCUGCCCCGUCAGCAUCUAGUUAAACUGUAUCUGUAUGUCCUCACGGCGCUGCUGCUCUUUGCUGGUCACCAGGUCUCCAGGGAUUACGUCCGAAGUGAACUGGAGUCUGGCCACGAAGGACCUGUGUAUCUGGAGCCUCUGUCCAUGCAAAGAUUCACGACGGCUCUCAUAGGUCAGCUGGUGGUGUGCACGCUCUGCUCCUGUGUGAUGCAGACCAAGAGGAUCUGGUUGUUCUCUGCUCACCUCCUCCCUCUGGUGGCCAGACUGUGCCUGGUGCCUCUGGAAACAAUCGUAUUCAUCAAUAGGUUCUCCAUGAUCUUCACUGGCCUGGAGGUCAUUUACUUUUUGGCUUCAAACCUUCUGGUGCCGUACAACCUUGCAAAGACGGCAUACAGAGAGCUGGCUCAGGUGGUUGAAGUGUACGGGCUGCUUGCGUUGGGAAUGUCUCUGUGGAAUCAGCUGGUCCUCCCGGUUCUCUUCAUGUGCUUCUGGCUGCUGCUGUUUGCUCUGCAGAUUUACUCUUAUUUUAGCACCAGAGACCAGCCAACGUCACGGGAAAGGCUUCUCUUCCUCUUCCUCACUAGUAUUGCAGAAUGCUGUAGUACUCCAUAUUCCCUCUUGGGCCUGGUCUUCACCGUCUCCUUCAUCGCCCUGGGAGUCCUCACCCUCUGCAAGUUCUACCUGCAGGGCUACAGAGCCUUUAUGAAUGACAACACCAUGCACCGAGGGAUGACAGAGGGCAUCACCCUACUGAUCCUCGCCGUCCAGACGGGCCUUAUCGAGCUGCAGGUUAUCCACCGGGCGUUCCUGCUCUCCAUAAUCCUCUUUAUUGUUGUCGCCUCCAUACUGCAGUCCAUGUUGGAGAUAGCUGAUCCCAUCGUUCUGGCUCUUGGCGCAUCCAGAGACAAGAGUCUGUGGAAACACUUCCGAGCUGUGUCUCUGUGUCUGUUCCUGCUCAUCUUCCCGGCCUACAUGGCCUAUAUGAUCUGUCAGUUCUUCCACAUGGACUUCUGGCUUCUCAUCAUCAUCUCCUCCUCCAUCCUCACCUCACUGCAGGUCCUGGGAACCCUGCUGAUCUACAUCCUCUUUAUGGUGGAGGAGUUUCGGAAAGCUCCAGUGGAGAACAUGGAUGAAGUCAUCUAUUGUGUCAAUGGCACCUACAGACUGCUGGAGUUCCUGGUGGCCGUGUGCGUGGUUUGCUACGGCGUGUCUGAGACCGUGUUCGGGGAGUGGAGCGUGAUGGGGAGCACCAUCAUCCUGGUCCACUCCUACUAUAACGUCUGGCUGCGGGCACAGCUCGGCUGGCAGAGUUUCCUGCUCAGGAGAGACGCUGUCAACAAGAUCAAGAGUCUCCCGACCGCAACCGACGCACAACUGGAACAGCACAACGACAUCUGUGCCAUUUGCUACCAGGACAUGACCAGCGCUGUGAUCACUCCGUGCAGUCAUUUCUUCCACGCUGGCUGUCUGAAGAAAUGGCUCUACGUCCAGGAGACGUGCCCCUUGUGUCACUCGCAGCUGAAAAGCCAAACACCAGCCAACUCAAACCAAGACGCGCCAGGAGCCAAUCAGAGCGCCCCACUGCAGGAGGACCCAGCUGCCAGCAGGGGGCAGGAAACUGCAGCCCCACCGAAGGCCGGCGAGGAGGAAGGUUUGGGGCAGCAGGAGGGAGAGGAUGGCAGUGAGAGCUCAUCUGACUCUGCUCAGGCUCCAUGUGAUUCACAGAAGGCUGUUUGGGCUUCUUCAUCUUCCUCCCUUGAUCUCUCAUCCGUGUCUUCCCCUGCUUCCUCUCCUGACAAUUCAGAUGCACCAUCGCCUCUGUCCACGUCAUCGUCACAGCUCAGUCCCCGAGCUGUUGUUGAGCCGCACCCAACUUUGCAGAAGGACUUGGCUCCCCAGUAGACGUCUGUAGGUCCUCCCAUCAGAGCCCAUCAUCCAAGGAACGUUGUUUUCAUCCAUGCAGCCACUGAGCCACAUCCUGAUACACAUGCAUGCACUUAGAACCGUCGCAAUCCGAAGUCUCCUGCCAAUGUUCUGCCUCGGGUGGAAGCCAAGAGAAAAAUCUGAAAUCAGUCAAUCAGAAUGAAGAACUAAGCUGCAUGUCAUGUUUGGAGUGUUCCAUUUGGCUCAACACACCUUUGAAACAGUGGCAUUACCGGACCAUUCCAGUCCCAGCAUACCUCCCACGUGCCCUGUACGUCCCGUGUACGUGCCAUGGUGUGUCCCUGAGAAGGUCAGGGGUCGAGGUCGACUAUCAACGACUGACAGUUGUGUAUUAAACAGCGGCACAGUCUUAACAUUUCACCAAUCAUCAUUACCGCGGUUAGCUCGCAUUAGCAGAGACUGUUCCUGGAGGUCAUCAGUUGACCUGAAGCCCGGUGCUAAGAGGUGCGUCCACGGCAUCAUCUCACGUGUCAUGCUUCACUAUCUUAAUCCCACUUGUUUGGCUGGUCCCAGCAAAAGUAGAAACCUAUUCCUCAUCGCCAAACCUUUUUUUAUUUGUGAGGACUGUUGAUCAGGACGUGGUGAAAAGAAGAAGCCUGUAUUUUCUAUCUGCGUCGUCUGAAUGUGGGGUCAAACAGAACUUUGUGUUGGGGUUACGCAGUAGUCCGCACUUUCCUGUCUUCUGUCUGGCCAGCAUCUGAAUCAUCUCAUGGGCCGUCGUCGCUCCAUGAAGGUUCUUACCAGCAAAUCGAGCCGUGCUUUGUGGAGAAACCUUAUUUUUGUAGCCAAAGCAUGCAAGCGUGCACACAGCAGCGACAAAGGGAGAGAAUGAAGUUUGCAUUUAGACGCUUGUUCCCACAUAGCAUCUCCAGGUUUGCUCUUCUUUGUUACAUUUCUGGGGUCGCAUUUGCACUACUGUCAUUUAUACUAGUUACACUCCAAAGCUGUUUUAUCUCAGCAACCAAAUACCCUCUGAUGUGUUUGUGGAGAUGGGAACAGCCGACUGUGCGUCAUGUAGGUAACUGUUUCUGCGUAUAGCAUCUGUAUGAGACCAGAAGAGGGGUGGUCCUUCAAUGGGCUGCUGGGUUCGACCAUAAGCUUCCUGGAUGUUUGAUUGUGACUUUACCUACUGGAUCACUGAGCUUCGAGCUGUGAGACUAGCCAGUGUUGUGAGCUCUUCUUCUUGUCUGUAUGACGCAUCCUCAUGCUGACGUGAUCACUCCGGUGCCCUCUACUGGUAGGAGUGGGAUCAGCCUGGUGCUGAUGGCGAGGAGGAGUCCCCCCUCUUUGGCUUUAAACAGUAUUACCACUAUUAUUAAAGGUUGAAAUACUAUGAAUGACUUUAUUGUGGACAGUUUUGAAGACCGCAGGUUCCGAACAUGAAUACAUGUGAAAUGUAUGAUCAAACUUGCUCUUCAGUGUUUUUUUUAAAGAGAUGGGAUGUAGAAAUUGAUGUAUUUUGCACAUUAGAUCUGAGUCCUGAACCGUUCAUCGUCAUCAUCAUAAGUGUGUCCUUUUCUUCUUUCAACUCUCAAAGCACUUAAAGGCGUCGCUGCUUUCUUUUCUGUGGCGCUUGACCUUCCACCAGGUCAGGAUUGGGAGCAAUGAUUUGGGAAAUGAUUUUGUUGUAUGGUGGAUGACUGCCUCGGUUGUUGUCAGCUAUUGAUUCCACAUAACAGUGGCCUGGUAUUGAUUCUAUAUCUGGACAUGCUUUCGAUAAAUUGGGCAGGAGAGUAGAUGCCUUUCUAAUGAUACUGUCCAAGUGUUGCGAACAAAUGGGUGGAGCCUAGUUUGAAUCCCACAUAAGUGAACGUGUGUUUCUAAAAUAUUGUUGCUGUCCGAUUGAGCUAAACGACAGCAGGGAGUCAACAAUAUUCAGGUAUGGCAUUAAGUAUCUGUGAAGCAGGCUUUGGCUAUCAGUAUAAAUAUUGUUCGUCUGUGAUUUGUUAUCAUUUUAUGAAGGCAGUGAUUUCAACGUUUACCUGAAAGGAGUAUUUAUCGUUCAGCCAGUGAGAAGUGUGUCGUCAUGAUGUCUGUCUUCAAUCUAAAAUGCCAGCAAAGCCGUCAAUCUGGAGACAAAAACAAAUCAUGUUGCCUUAUUUACAGUCGUGACUUGUUCAUGCGAACGAGAGCUGUGACUCUCCAUCUGGUCCUUCUGAAUUGACUCGCUAAUGUUGAACUCCAUAGCUGACACGACUACGGGUAAGCAUUUAUUGACAGAUUUCAAGUGGUCACAUCUUCUUUUGUUGGACAUUUCACUCGACUGAUCUUCCUGCUCAGCCGAACCCUUCAAGUCAAAACAUGUUUUGUUGUCCGCAUCUUGGCUUUUUCUACUGCUGUGUUUUGGACCUGGUCUGUGACAUGUUCCCUGGGGUGCGGCAUUGCCUUGGAUAUUUUACUGAACGAAUGUCAGAAAUAAAAUCAAACCCUUCACCCUG